CUCGCUACGCGGACGCACGUAGCACGCCUACGCCGCUACGGGCUACGAACUUCUACAUCGUCGAUCUCGCGUAGUAUGCCGCGCGAACAGUGAAGUUUUUUUCGCUACCAUACAAUGUGUUUUGAAUGAUGUUGUUGGGAAAACUCUUGUUCUAUAUACACUUCGGACUUGUCUUCCAUGUUGUGAUUUGUUUUAAGGAUUCCGUCGAAGUACCACGUUUUGAAGAUAGCCUAAACAACUUGACUGUGUCUUUGGGAAGAGAGGCAGUUUUCACUUGUGUCGUCAAUGACCUCGGCUCUUACAGGGUGGCGUGGCUACGCGUGGACACGCAGACUAUCCUGACGAUUGCGACUCACGUGAUCACGAAGAACCACCGAAUUGCGGUCAACCACAGUGACCGGCGGGUGUGGUUCCUACACAUACACGACGUCCGACAGUCGGACAGAGGCUGGUAUAUGUGCCAGCUCAACACUGAUCCCAUGAAGAGCCAAACGGCAUAUUUAGAUGUAGUUGUUCCCCCGGACAUUUUGGACUACCCGACGAGUAGUGACCAAGUGGCCCGGGAGGGGGCCAACGUAACGCUGCGCUGUGCGGCCCAUGGGGUGCCCACGCCAACCGUCGUCUGGAGAAAGGAGGCUGGUGACUUGUUGCCCACUACGAACUUCACUGAUACGCAUAAUUCGUCGGUGAAUGGCGCAGUACUUCAGCUGGUUAAAGUUUCAAGAUUACAUAUGGGUGCCUACCUAUGUAUAGCCAGUAAUGGAGUCCCGCCGUCUGUUAGCAAACGAGUCAUGCUCGUCGUGCAUUUUCCGCCGAUAAUGACUAUACAAAACCAAUUAGUGGGAGCAAAAGAAGGCGAUACUGUACAUUUGGACUGCCAUUCAGAAGCGUUCCCUAGAUCUAUUAAUUAUUGGACGAUAAAUGAUCAAAUCAUAUCACAGUCGGACAAGAGGUUCGAGAUCACAGCCAUAGAGAGAGGCUACGAAGUGGAUAUGAGGCUGAAGAUUAAAAAAGUUGGUAGAAACACUUUUGGCACAUACAGUUGCAUAUCAAAGAAUUCCUUAGGAGACACGGACGGGACAAUAAAAUUGUAUUCGUUGUCCGGCAAGUUCGAGGAGAUGCAGUACAAUGAGGUGGGCGACUCGGACGAGAGCCCCGAUGUCAGCGAGCUGGAGGCGCUCAAGCGCAGCGCCGGCGCCCGCUCCUGCCCCGCGCUAUGGAUCUUCGUAGUUAUUUACGUUGUAUUAUAAAGCUACUUUGUAUAUAAAAUAUAUU